GUAAAAUAGACACAUCUACGCGCUGAGGCAACAAGUGGAUUUAGGGAUUUCGUGUUAAUGUGUGUAAAGAGAGAAAGUUGUGCAGGUGAACUGAUGAUGUCUGAUUCUGGAUCAGAUGAAGAUGUUUAUGGUCUCACAGCUGAGGAGGGGGGAUCAACAGAAUCCGUACGCAAGGGAUGUGACCCUCUGGUUUCAACCCAGCGCAGCAAACUGCAGCAGCGGAGAGCUAAACUCAACCAGCAGAUCAACCGUGAGCUCCUUAUGCGCACCGGAGCAGAAAAUCUCUACAGAGCAAGCAGCAAUCAGAAGGUAUUGGAGACUGUGGCGUUAGAGUUGAGCUUUGUCAACUCAAACCUUCAACUUCUCAAAGAGGAACUGGAGGAACUGAACAGCACCAUGAACGUUUAUCAGACUGAGAGUGAGACAGUUAAUGUUCCCAUGAUUCCACUGGGGUUGAAGGAGACUAAAGAGAUUGAUCUGACAGUCCCGCUUCAGGAUUUCAUCAGCGAACAUUAUGGUGAGGAUUCCUCUCUAUACCUGAACCAAAUCCAUGAGUUCAUGGAGCUUAGACAGGCCAUGCGAACUCCCACUCGGAAUGAUUCGGGCCAGGAGCUGCUGAUGGAAUAUUACAAUCAGCUCUAUUUCCUGGACCAGCGCUUCUACUCGCCUCACAGAACUCUGGGAAUUCAUUUCCACUGGUAUGAUUCACUGACUGGGGUGCCGUCGGUUCAGAGAGCGCUGGCGUUCGAGAAAGGAAGCGUUUUGUUCAACAUCGGAGCGCUUCAUACUCAGAUUGGAGCCAGACAGGAUCGCUCGACGAUGACUGGCGUUCAGAACGCCAUCGAUGCUUUUCAGAGAGCCGCAGGUGCGUUUCUCUUCUUGCAGGAGAAUUUCUCUCACGCACCCAGUCUGGAUAUGAGCAGCUCGGCUCUGAGCAUGCUGGUCCGGCUCAUGGUGGCUCAGGUUCAGGAGUGUGUGUGUGAGAAAGUCAUACUGAACGCACAUGACAACCAUCUGAAUGUGUUACUGCAAGCGGCACAGGAGGCAGCAAGGGUAUCAGACGUAUAUUCUCUGGUUCUUCAGGCCAUGUCAGUACCAUUGCUGAAAGAUUAUGUUCCUUUCUCCUGGAUCUCAAUGGUUCAGGUGAAAACGCAUCAUUUCCGAGCACUCGCUCAUUAUUACACGGCUGUGGCCCUGUGUGACUGCUCAGGUAUGAGAUAUGAUGAUGACGAUGAUGAUGAAGGUCGAGAGAUUAAAGCUCUCAUACAGAUUCACACCAGACGCCCAGACAAACUCAACCUUCAGGAUCCAGAGGACAAACGCAGACUUGGUAAAGCUCAUCUCCGUAAAGCCAUCAUGCGGCACGAGGAAGCCCUGCGUCUUCACGGCGUGUGUAAGAUGCUUCGUAAGAUGGACAUCCUGCAGGAGGUUCUGUCACGAGCUCACGCGCGCUCCCUGGAGAAAUACUCCGAUAUCGAUCAGGAAGACGACUUUUGUGAGGUCGCCGAGGCUCCAGAGAUUCAGUCUCACACACAACAGAAGCCUGAUAUUAAAGCUCCUGAUUUCAGUGCGGUCAGAGUGACUGAUAUUUUCCAUCGACUGGGUCCACUGACUGUGUUUUCUGCUCGGAGCCGAUGGCACAGGAAUCACGUUUGCUUAGUUCGAGGAGAGGCGGGACUAGGACUUACACUUCGAGGUGAUGCGCCGGUUCUGGUUGCCGGGGUGUUGCUAGGGGGAUGUGCUGCGGAGGCGGGGCUCCGUGAGGGCGAUUACAUCAUAGCCGUUAAUGGUGUCGACUGCAGGUGGGCGGAGCAUGCAGAGGUCGUUCACGCCCUGAAGAGCUGCACAGAGAGAGGAGUAGAGCUCGACGUCAUCACGCUACAAACACACGAGAUGGAGAGAAGGACGAUUCUUUCACCCACCAGUGAUAAACAGACUCAGCCAUGCGGUUCAAGGAAGCAGGGCCGGGAUUGUGAGCGUUCUUCGUGGAACUGGAGCUGGAGGAGCGGUGGAGUCACUAAAAGAUUCGGAAGCAAUUUCAGUUUUUCCUUUGGAAACUUCCAUGAAGGUGAAUCCAUGUACUAAGGAGAAGAUAAGCACUAUUUUAUCUUCUGAAAACUGACUACACAAAUCAAUCCAACAGAGCACACAUGAUUUCAUGCUUAUAUGCGGUUAGAUUUAAAGAGCUGAACAAAAAUCACGUGGCACAAAACUAGAUUAAAUUAAGAGAAGUAAAGCAGCACACUGAGGAGGUGUUUCUCAGAGGGGAUGAGCGAUGUUCUUACAUGUGUAGCUGAAUGAUGUUUUAUGGAUAAAAAGUAUGAAAGCGAGUGUCAUCUGCACUGAAAUGAUGGUAGAGGUUUAUUCACAACUAUCUUCACUCUUUCUUAAAUGAGCAUCAUUGCAUCUUUAAAAUAAAGGAUGCUAUUUUUAUUUGAUGAAAACACAUUUUGAUAAGUUUCUACAUAGUCUGUGGGGCCACUGUAAAUAUAUCAUAAUGCCCUUGCACACCAAAUGUUUUAGAACUCACAUGCUUAGUCUGUCUCGGGUUUGUCUGUUUAAUGCUGCUGUCAACAUCACAAAAGGACAAUAAUAAUCACACAACACAUGAAUGAGACACAGCAAGACCUUCAAGAAAUGAAAAGAAAAUGUUUGACUCGAACCAAUUUUGGUUUAUAUUGUUAAGAGUUAGGAGGUUUCUGUAUUAUGUAUUUUUGCACAGAAAAAAUAGUUUGUUGUUGUUUUGUGUGUUAAGACAGAGUCAUUCUUGUUUUC